CGCAACCCACUCAGAUCGGGGUUGUCACCUCCGCGCAUCACGAAUCUGUAUCCUUGAUCCUCUACCUGUGCUAUAUUAUCGCGGCCGUCGGGUGGUCGAACCGUCAUAUUGUAUCCCGAUCCUGAGCCUCCGACGGACACCAGCUCCGUAACGGAGCACUUCGUCAAGAUUUAUUCCCACAAUUCGCGGGCCUCCCUGCUUGGGGGCACUUUCGAUCCAUCUUUUAGACGCGGUUUCCGUGCCCGAGAAGGGUAUACGAAUGUUCCUCCGGACCCCCCAAAGCGACACAGGAUGUACCGACCAAACUCGUUAUGGACUUGGUCCUUCUGCAUUGUCACACUCAUCCAGACCAUCAUUACCCUUGCCCUCGAGUCUUAUGUCUUCGCAAACUUCCAGAUCCAACUGUUCCCAAAGGGCGAGGUCUCGACUGCGUCAAAGACAGUAACAACCUUCUUGGCGCUCUACUGUUUCGGGUUUAUAUAUGAGUUGAUCCUCGUUUACGAUGCUCUACGUCUCAAGAAUACCAUUCAAGUCAUUGGUCUGUGCGUGUGCAAUCUCGGUCUUCUGAUUUACGGGGCGGUGCAAGUCCAGCAAAUCAAGGACUCCAUCGAAAUGCUCGUGGCCGAAAGCGCCAUCACCAUAGACGUGUGGGGGGAGACAGAGCCCUUUCUGAUUAUCAUUCCGUGUGUCGUUGCCAUGGGCUCAAUUUUGAUGAUGAUCAUCGCUUGGAAGCUCUACGAUGAAUUCGCAUGGUCGAUCUACAAGCAUAUCAGCGCCGAUCUGCGAAUGAAGCGCCGGUAUCUUACAUAUCAGAUCUAUAUCGCUCUGCUGAAGUUCGAUUUCUUCUUUUUCCUCGGUUUUACGGUUCAGUUCCUUGUCAUUGUCACGAACAAGACGGAUGUUGAAUUCGCUCUCACGACGGCUGCCAUUCCCGUUACAAUUCUUAUUCUUGUUUGCGCUGCGAUCUUCGUGAAACGAGAGAGCUCGAUCGGAAUGAUCGUUGUCAUUCUUCUAUACUUUGCAGCCAUGGCAUACUUCCUAUUCAAGCUGGUCCGCAUGUACCAGCCUCAAACAUACCAAGAGUACCUGCCCGCCCGGCGGUCUCUGACAUUCUUCGCUGUUAUCACGCUUCUCUUGAUCGUUUUGACGAUCACUAACGCCUGCGUUUGCAUGCACAAUUUCCACAAAGGCCUGAAGCAGCACGUCCAUAAGAAGAAGUCCCGCGACAAGGACGAGAAGACAACUGAGUUGUCUUCCAAUAUCUCGGGCCAGGUGCCGAAUCGCAUGAUGAUCGACUGAGCGACUUCAGCCCCACGUUAUGAACCAAACACAACAAAACUUAAAAAAAAAAAAAAAAAAAAAAAAAAAAAAAAAAAAAAAAAAAAAAAAGGAAGACCAAAAAUAACAGCAAACUUGCAAAUUGGGGGACUUUUCCUUUUCCGAUUUUCUAACCACUGCACAUUUAUUCAUGGAGCGAUAUAUCUUUUCUUUAAAGGUUAGCGAGUUGUGCAACAGUCCGCCAGUAGGUGGAACUACUGCUUGGAUACUGAGAUUGGGCGUGUUUCCGGGAUUUACCAUAUGAUACCUCCUACUGCGUUGCUCGGUUUUUUCUUACGAACCUUCGACUGUCUUUCCUUGUUGAUUUCCUCGGAGUUUUGUCUGAAGUGGCUGUUCACCCUCCCCGCAUCACGCUCUUGCUCAAUGACGCGCCGUGUCGCGUCUCAUUGAUGAAAUUUCCUUGUCCAUUUAUUCCUUUUUGACCAUUUCCCCCUUAUAUCUACAUAUCUACACCCCCCGAUUAUGUGAAUAUCACGACUUUGCAUUAUGUACUGUAUUUAUUAAUUUGCCUUGCUGCAUGGAGAUAAUCAAUCAAAAGACACUACUUAUCGAGCC